AUGCGAUGUGAUGGUAAAUCCCUGACGGUUUAUAUAUCUGAAUGUCUCCCAGUGUUUGCACGUGUCCAUGUUUUGUGUCCAGAUAUCGACGAAUGCACUCUGGACGGUAUUUGUGAUCCGCAUGCUACCUGUCACAAUUUACCCGGAUCGUUUGAAUGCACAUGCAAUUCGGGAUAUGUUGGCAGUGGAAUUAUCUGUGAAUCUAUCAACACCACCAACGGCACCAACACCACUGACAGUGAGACUCCACACUUUCCUUUUCUCAAGUCUUGUCAGCAAGGCUCCUUGCACGUUCCCUUCAUGGCACAUUCCACCACUGAAACGGUGGAGGUUAUCGCGUGCGAAAAUUGA